UAGUAUUUUUUUUAUAUUUCAACGCGUUUUAUUCAUAUCUUAGUCUUGAAAAUUUUAUGUCAAUGAUACAAUGUCUCUUACACGCAUUUUAAACCUUACAGUAUCCUUAUAUUAGUACAUAUUAUCUUUUUAUACGUACCUUGAUAUCUUUAUAUAUAUGUAUAUAUAUAAUAUAUAUAUAUAUACAUAUACCUUACAUAAAACAAUUUGUGAAUGUAGUAAAUACAAGAGUUAUAUAUUAUAUUAAGGAUUUAUAUAUUAUACUUUUGAUGAAAAUUUAUCACUGGUAACAAUUUUUACUUUUAGUUGAGUUUUCUCUGAAUACUUAUGAUAUUUAAUGAAUAAUAGCAUAAAAUAAACUUCCAUAUAUUUUAUGGCCGAACAAUUAGUUUCGUGAUUCCAAAUUCUUUAAUAAAUUUAAUAGUAACUAAGUUUUAUAAGAGUAGUAAGUUAUAUUAAAUUUAAUAAAUUUAAUAGAAUGUACACCAAUAAGUUAACUUAAUUGAAAAAUUCUCAUUUUCUUUUUCUUCAGUAUAAUUUUAGAUCUUGAUUUUAUCUGAACAAAAUUCUAAAGAUGUCUCUAUCAAAUGAUAUAGUUGUUCGAUCGAAGAGUUAUCAACUUCUAUAAUUUCAUCAAGUUUGAAAAACAGAUAUUUGACGAAAUAAUUCUCGAUAAGAGGAUCGACGUGCGUACAGAAUAAUACACGAUAAGACCGGUGAGAGAAAAGAACCGGCUAACACUAUUCAGCGACUAUAAUCAUUGUCUGAAUAAACAAUAGUUUAGUUAUUGUAAUCUGCGAUGUGUUUAGGUAAGCUUACCUAAUUUGCUUAUCGACGUUCUCUACGAAUGUGCACUUCGCAUGUGAACUUCGCACAUCCUAUUAUAUUUUGUUUUCUGUACAUUUACGAAGUGAACAGGUGCUCAUUCAGAGAUGCCGCUGAAUCACAUCAAUUGGCCUUUGUUGACAGCAAUAGUCUGUCCUAACAUCGGUGUUUUCAUCGCCAGCUAUAUGCUUCAAAAGAAUAUUGAAUGGUUUAAGUCGCUGAAUAAGCCGAAAUAUACCCUGCCAAAUUGGCUAUUCCCACCCGGGUGGAUCAUCACCUACUGUACAAUGGGCUACUCGUCGUAUCUUGUAUGGCGUGAUGGGGGUAGUUUCGAGGAAGUAGCCGUACCGUUCGGCGUUUACGGUCUCAAUCUAAUCCUUAACUGGUCGUGGACGCCGUUAUUCUUCGAAGUUCGCAAAAUAAAAUGGUCUCUUUAUCAUAUUGUGGCGUUGUGGGUCAGCACAGCGGCGCUCGGGAUCGUAUUCUACUCCAUCAAUCCUACAGCCGGCUAUCUUAUCAUCCCUAAUGUCGUGUGGAACUCUUACAUCGUGGUGUAUAGUUACGGUAUCUAUCGGGACAACAAACAGCUUCUCGCUGUUGAGAAAGCGGAGGAAAAGAAGAUCCUGGAAAAAUUUCUACAAAAUCUUAAAAUUUAAAAAUAUUAUUACAACAAAAUACAAAAAAUUACGUAAUAAUUUACA